GAAGUACCGAAACGUCAGUUGUGCUGUUGAUGUGUGAGUGUGAAAAAGGACUGUGAACGUACCUCCGCUUCCGUGCACGGUGAUCGAUUCCAGAAUCCUUAAAUGCUUUCACACAGUGAGGAGACACUUUUCCGACUAGGCUUUAGUUGCAAAAGUAGUGAAAGCGUGUUUUAGUAAAACACACACGCAGAGAAUGUGAAUGUGCCGACGGUGUGCCCCCGCCUCCGCCAAACAACAAACAGUGCGUUCCAAGUUCAACAUGGUUUAAUGGUGCGUCGGAUUCUUCCACUACUCGGUUCCGUCCUGUGCUAGAGCGCCGUGGCAGAAAAAUAUGCGACCGAAACGAAGUGCCGCGUCGAGGAAGGUUGUAGCUAAUUGCAAGUAGAAUUGUUAGAACGCUCAGCAGCUCAAAACCCCCAAACCGGACGGACGGACGGACGGACGGAACGACACCAGCAUCCCGCGUGGGAAGUACAGCAACACGACAAAAUGCCCGAACAUCUUGAACUGCAGCAGCUGGUGGACGGGGUGUUACAGGGCACCACAGGCCACCGGUCCCUGUCCUGGCUGCAAUGCUCCUGCCCCUAUCUGGGCAUUAUCCUCGCUACGGUUUCGUCAUUUUUCUUCUCGCUCUGCUCCGUCAUUGUGAAAGGACUUGUUGAUGUAAAUCCCAUCGAGCUGGCCACCUUCAGAUUCAUUGGCGUGUUGCUUCCCUCGAUACCAAUCGCAAUCUAUCGGGAGGAAACCUUCUUCCCGGAGGGAAAGCGAAUCAUACUCAUGCUGCGGUGUUUCGUCGGUACCACAGGACUCAUGCUUAGCUUUUACGCUUUUCGCCACAUGCCGCUGGCGGACGCGUCCGUGAUUAUUUUCUCGACGCCCGUGUUUGUGGCCAUUUUUGCACGGCUUUUCCUGCGCGAGGCUUGCGGUAUGUUCAAUGUUAUCACCAUUAUCCUGACGCUGAUCGGCGUGGUGCUCAUCACCAAGCCACCGUUUCUGUUCGGGGACAAUCUGGUCUCGAUAGUGGACGAACAGAUCAUGGAAAACAGCUACGACAUUUGGGGCCCGGUAGCGGCCCUUUCGUCGACCUUGUUCGGUGCGAACGCGUACGUACUGCUGCGCGCCCUCAAAGGGUUGCACUUCUCCGUCAUCAUGUCCAACUUUGGCGCCUUUGCCUUGCUGUACACGCUUUUGGUGUGCUACUACAUUGGAGCGCUCUGUUGGCCACUGUGCGGUACGGAUCGGUUUCUCGUCAUAGCCCUGGCGCUGUUUAGCUUCGGCGGCCAGAUACUGCUUACGCUUGCGCUGCAAUACGAACAGGCCGGUCCUGUGGCGAUUGCCCGUUCGGCCGACAUCGUGUUUGCCUUCAUCUGGCAGAUUAUGUUUUUCAAGGAAACUCCUAGCCUUUACUCGGUGCUCGGGGCGCUGCUAGUGGUCAGCUCGGUCGUUUUAUCCGGCCUGCGCAAAUGGGCCCUCGCGCUGCCCAGGGACUCGGAAACGAGGAAAAAGUUACAUUUCCUCUACCUGGAAUAGAUACACUUAGUAGGCGUGUCGGAACGUAUGGGAGACGCUGAUACGCGUUCCAUAUUCCAUUUUGGCUCAACCACUUGCAACAAUGCAUCUUUUUUUGUUAUCUGUGUACAUUCCAAACCUCGUUUUGUAAGUAGAGAAGAUAAAAAACACAUUUCCCAGAAGAAGGAAAUUUCCAAAAGCAAAUCAAAUACUUUGCACGAUUAAUCCAACAGAAUUGAGAGCAAAAAUAUCCUUACCAAAUCAUUCAAUUUUAAACUCCAGAUAACAAACAACGCUCUUAACAGUAAAACACAUUCGCAUCCAUUUUAUCAUCGCUUGAUCGUUCGAUUCCAGACAGCAGAGAGCAGAGAGAGA